AUGGCUUCAGCAAGCAAAUCUACGCCGGCUACCUCUGCUCCACGACGAAAGUCGUCGGGUCCGAAAGAGAAGAAGACUUUGAUCGUCACUCUCAAGUUGUCCCCGGAGAAGUUAAGGGGCAUUGGUAAAACUUUGAUCAAAGAAGACGCUUCAUCAAAGAAAUCUACAUCAACAAUUCCAAGUACUAUACCUAUCGCAACGAGUCAAAAUGGUGAUCCUCCAGCCGAGCCAAUCCCAAAUACACCUGCGCCAAACAGUACUGCUACACCAGUUCCAUCAUCGAUGCCUCCUCCAACAGAAGCAAUCAAGAAGAAAAGUGGUGUCAAGAGAAGUUCUGCCGCCUUAGGGUCAGACACAACUCCCAGAGUUAGAGGCAAGCCAGGUCCAAAGAAGAAGGCAAGAUUGGAUGAUGGCACAAUCGAUCCUAUAACCAACACUCCAAGAGCACCGAAUGCAAAUGGCACAUCUCACAAGCUUGGACCCAAGGCCAAUCAGGGUGCAAUCAACGCUGGUACCGAGGGUUCGCAAACCAGUGAUAGCAGUAAGGAGAACAAAGACAACAGCCAAAUUGAAAGCGAGAAGAGCAAUAGCGCCAUGAAUAUUGAUCAUAAUACCAACCUCGCCAGCUCUCCCGUACCUCAAACUCAAGCUCAAGCUCAAGCUCAAGCUCAAGCCCAGCCUGAGCCUGAGCCUCAACCUUCGGUCGUCACUGCAACCGUUUAA